UUCAGGUUUGAUCUCUGAGCUGGAAGCGGAGAGUCAGUUUUUGUGGACAGCCAAGCGUUUGAGUGUUAAAGGUUCUGAUCCCGGAGGUCAUGAUGAAGGUCCUGAUGAUCCUGAUGAUCCUGGGAAUACAGGAGGCGGCAGCAGUGACCCACUCUAUGAAGUAUUUCUUCACUGGAUCCUCUCAAGUACCAAACUUCCCAGAGUUUGUGGUUAUUGGGCUGGUUGAUGAUGUUCAGAUGUUUUACUAUGACAGCGACACGCAGAAAGUGGAGCCCAAACAGGACUGGAUGAAUAAAGUCACAGCAGAGGAUCUACAGUACUUGGAGAGCAACACUGGAAAUUUUCUGGGUACCCAGCAGUUUUUCAAAGCCAGCAUUGACACUUUAAAGCGUCGCUUCAACCAAACUGGAGGUGCUCACACUUUUCAGCUGACGUCCGGCUGUGAGUGGGAAGAAGAGAAUAAUGAACUGAACGGCUAUGAGCAGUUUGGUUAUGAUGGAGAGGACUUCAUAUCAUUUGACUUGAAGAGAGAGACGUGGAUCGCUUCUAAUCAGCAGGCUGUCAACACCAAACACAGCUGGGAGAGUAACAAGGUUAUCACUGCACAGAGGAAGAUCUACCUCACCCAUAUCUGUCCUGAGUGGGGCAAGAAGCUCCUGAACUAUGGGAGGAGCUCUCUGAUGAGAACAGUCCUUCCCUCAGUGUCUCUCCUCCAGAGGUCUUCCUCCUCUCCCAUCACCUGCCACUCUACAGGUUUCUAUCCUCACAGAGCCGAGAUGUUCUGGAAGAAAGAUGAGGAGGAGCUUCAUGAAGGUGUGCACAAAGGAGAGAUCUUCCCCAACCAUGACGGGACCUUCCAGAUGAGUGUUGAUCUGAACCUUUCAGCAGUUGGAUCUGAGGACUGGGACAGGUACAGCUGUGUGUUUCAGCUCUUAGGUGUGAACGAGGACAUCACCACCAAACUGGACAAAGCAGGAAUCAGGAGCAAUGAAGGUGUACCCUGCCUCUCGCCCCCCCUGUGACCCUGAACAGGACAAGCAGAAGUGAGUGGAUGGACGGUGUUUUAGUGCUCUAGAGACAAAAAUUUGUUUUUUUUUCAUCACAUUCAGCCAUGUUCCUGUGUGUUAAUGAUAAUAAUUCAUGUAAGUAAUGGAGAGUUUUGGAAGAAGACAGAAUUAUAUAUUAGUGCACAUGUUCUGGAUGUUUUAACAGAUCAGAUUCAUUUUUUGGUGAAGUGUUGAAAUGAAUUUAAAUAUCUCAGAACUUUUAUUGUUGGGAUGAAAACAGAAAUGAGUGGAACAAACAUUUGUAUCUAUAAAGAAGCUGAUCGAUUGUUUUCU